GGGUAACACAAUACACCCCGAAGAGGAGGAGGAGUGCUGCUCUCAUCGCCGCACCGCAGCCAGCAUGGAGGCUUAGUGCCUGGCCCUGAUGCCGCAUCGUGCACACCACCCCUCCCGGGUGCAGGCUGGCCUCGCUCGCAUGUUCUUGCUCCCCCCGGGAUCCUCGCAGACACGCCACGGCGCAGCGGAGAGGACAUGAUCAGCUCUGCGGCGGCGCUUCUCCUCUGUGUGCUGGGCUGUAACGUAUGGAGAGCGCUCAGCAAGAGCCUGCCGGAGCACAAUGCAGCAGCUCAAGAGGUGACAUUGAAGGUCCAGGUCAGCGAUGUGAGCACCCACCAGCCCCUCGGUAAUGCCGCCAUAGAGAUCUUCUCCAAUCAGGUUUCUCUUGUGUCUGGGACCACCGGAGCCGAUGGGACUGCGCUGAUCAAACUGCAGUACAAGCUGGGAAAUCAGCUGAUUGUAACAGCCACCAAACAUGCCUAUGUGCCAAACUCUGCACCCUGGAGGCCACUCCGAUUGCCAGUGUUCUCCUUCGUAAGCCUUGAAUUGCUGCCUGAGCGCUCCGCCACAUUAAUGGUCUAUGAUGAUGUUGUUCAGAUAGUCUCAGGAUAUCAAGGGUCACGUCUGCAGCCUCAGGUUCACUUUGCAAGACGUGCUUUGGAUCUGCCUGGCAAUGCCACCUAUAAGGACCUUGCAGCGUUCCUGACAGCAGCCACCACAUUGUCAGAGGUGGACAGUUUCCCCUACUUACAGGGAUCAGAUGGGAACUCAUCAGGGAACAGCAGCAAGUUUGACCUCAUCCCAGUCACAGCCAUCAGCAUCCAUUUACUCAGCAGCAAUAAGACAGACGUGUUGGUACAAGGCCCGAUCUAUGUGACCGUGCCCCUGCCAGCUGACAGCACCCUGAAGCACAAUGAGCACGUGCCUGCCUGGCGGUUUGACCAAAAUCACGGAGCAUGGGUGAAGAGCAGCUUUGGCAUUAUAAAGCAGGAGGGGAACCAGCUGACCUGGACUUACAUUGCCCCACAGAUGGGAUAUUGGGUAGCUGCCAUGUCUCCUUCCAUCCCAGAUCCAGUGGUGACACCGGACAUUGCAAGUUACCAUACUCUCUUCCUCUUGGCCAUAUUAGGAGGGAUUGCAUUCAUCCUCUUGGUCCUCUUCUGUCUGUUGAUCUAUUACUGCAGGAGGAAAUGUAUAAAGCCUCGCCAGCAUCACCGCAAGCUUCAUCUCUCCUCUGCUUUGGAGUCGUCCAAGAAGGACCAGGCCACCUCCAUGUCCCACAUCAAUUUAAUUAGCCCUAUCCAUAUGGAUAUGAUAUCCUCAAGUGGCGAGGCAGAUAUGCAUACCCCGAUGCUCAAGCCUUCCUAUAAUACCUCACGGGAUUUUAGCUCCAGGGAAGAGCUGCUUUCUCAGGAGGAUGAUAAAAACCGAAUGUCCUUCGAGAACCUGACCCCAAGUGGGACUUUGAGGCAAGUCUACAACAAAUCUCUGGAUCAAUUCCUGUUAAAAUCAAGGAAGUCCGCUGAAAUCUCAGAUGGGUUCGUCUCUCCCAUGAAAGAUGAGUACCGUCGGAGCUAUAACUCUGUGAUCUGCCAGCCUUUGUGCGAAAACAAGGAUCAGCUGUCCACCAACAAUGUUUCAGCAGGAAGCAAGCCAAACCUUCAUGAACAAAGUCACCCCGUGCCUUCCGCUCCUGAAACCGAGCAGGUCAUGGACCGACGGCCUAAUGAAUGUAUGAUGUCAAGGUCUGUAGAUCACCUUGAAAGGCCAACCUCAUUUCCUCGUCCUGGUCAGCUCAUAUGCUUUAACUCUGUGGAUCAAGUCAACGAUGGUGUUUACCGAAAUGUCUUGCCUACCUUGGUCAUCCCAGCUCACUACAUGAAACUUCAAGCAGAGCACCCUUUUGUCAGUCAGCAGCUGAUCGUGUCCGCCGAGCAACAGUACGAGCUUGAGCGGCUCCAAGCAGAGCUGUCCAAUUCUCACCCCCAACAUCCUCAGCCAUCCUCACAACUAAGUUCCCAAGCUGUAUCUCAACAACACUUGCAAGAUGGAGAAGGAGUAGAGUGGAGUGGGCAAAACACUGUGAUGUCAGAAUCUGUUUCUAUCCCCGCUUCCCUCAAUGAUGCUACCAUUGCUCAACUUAACGGCGAGGUGCAGCUCUUGACAGAGAAAGCUCUGAUGGAGCUUGGCGGUGGUCGACCAAUGCCCCAUCCCCGUGCCUGGUUUGUGUCUCUAGAUGGUCGGUCAAAUGCACACAUAAGACAUUCAUACGUCGAUCUCCAAAGAGCAGGAAAAAACGGCAGCAACGAUGCCAGUUUGGAUUCUGGUGUCGACAUGAACGAACCAAAAUCCGGACGAAAAGGAAGAGGAGACAAAUUUGGCGUCCUACAGCAGCAACGCCAAACCCUAAUGGAGCACCAGCAAAAAGAUCAGAAGGUGUCGGAGAGCUCAGCUUACACUCAGCUGGUUUAUUUGGAUGACAUGGACCAAAGCGGUAGUGAAUGCGGCACAGCUGUGUGCAGCCCUGAAGAUAACCGGGCUUUUACUGAACCUCCAAAAAGGAGCGGCAGCCAGUUGCCCAGCCUUCAGGAAGAAACUGUUAAACGAACUGAAGAUUCCUCACCCGUGCCAUUAAACAGCCCCGAUCACGAGUAUUCCAUCAACGAUGAUUGUUCUGAUGACCAGGGAGAGAACAAAAAAAGUCCUUGGCAAAAGCGGGAGGAACGGCCGCUUUUGGCUUUCAACAUGAAAUGAAUUGACGUACCACAAAGUGGGCUCAAAAAAAAAUUGCCAAAUAUCCUUUCUUUGGAAAUAUUUAAUUUGUAGGGUCGGGGGUUUGACUGGAACAGAGGAACUCAUUAGCGACUGGUUUCAAAAAAUGUUUUUUUUUUGCAAUUCGAAUCAAGGAGUGGAUUUUAUGGAAUCGUAACUGUGCGUGAAAAGAAAUGAUAGCCCAGUGUAGCACUAUCUCAGUCUUUUUUUAACCAAUGGCUAAAGAUUUGAAUACAAAACUUUUUUUUUUUUUCUUGAUAGGUUCUGACCACUAACCUCCCGAGAUGGGGAGCAUGUGACAAGUUUUUAGUUCUGAAAA